AACUCAAUCUGCCUUGUGUGUGUGUAUGUGUGUGUUCACUUUUUUAAAAAUCACUCCUACGAGCCUGGGCAGUUUCACGUCCAAGUCGACGCUAUCAGCCUAUUAUUACUAUUAUUCCUACUUUUAUUUAUUUAAUUUUAAACAUUUUUUCCUCCGCGUCCUUUCUUCACUCCUAGCGUUUCUCCGAGCGCAGCUGCAGCAUGUAUUCGUGAAGAGAGCGUAAAGUGUGAAAUGUUUUGAAAGAGAAAGUUUUUUUUCUUCUUCUUCUCUCUCUUCUUCGCGUGAAGAGAGGAGGGGAAAGAAAAAAGAAGGAGAAGAAGCGAUCAGAAAGAGCUCCGAUGCAUCUCCGACGAGAGUGUGCAAAGGAAAAGUGCUCAUUUGGAAGUAGGAGUUGCUUCGUCGAAGCGCUGCAGAGACUUUUCUGGUAAGAGUGAAAAAUCCGUUCUUUUUUGUUGUUGAAGAAGAAGAAAAAAACAUCAAGCUGGCUCACCCUCUUCUAAGUCAACCCGGUGUGCCAGGUGCUCUUCACCCUCUUUGGAGGACUGUCAACAGCAAGAGGAUGGCAUCAGAGCUGGCGAUGAGCAGCUCCGACCUGCCCACCAGUCCCCUGGCCAUGGAAUAUGUUAAUGACUUCGAUCUGAUGAAGUUUGAGGUGAAAAAGGAGCCGGUGGAGCCCGAGCGCGGCAGCUUGAGCCACCAGUGCAGCCGCCUGCUCGCCGGGGGCUCCGUGUCUUCCACGCCGAUGAGCACGCCGUGCAGCUCGGUGCCGCCUUCGCCGAGCUUCUCGGCGCCCAGCCCGGGCUCCGGGAGCGAGCACAAGAGCCACCUGGAGGAUUUCUACUGGAUGACGGGCUACCAGCAGCAGCAGCAGCAGCAACCGCACCACCAGCCGCAGCCGCAGCAGCUGAACCCCGAGGCGCUGGGCUUCAGCCCCGAGGACGCCGUGGAGGCGCUGAUCAGCAGCACGCACCAGCUCCAGCCCUUUGACGGCUAUGCUAGGGGGCAGCAGUUCGCCAGCGCGGCCGGCCCCGGAGGCGCCGUGGCCGGGGACGACAUGGGCUCGGCCGCCGCCGUGGUUUCGGCAGUGAUCGCAGCCGCCGCGGCGCAGAACGGCACUCCGCACCACCACCAACACCACCAUCACCACCACCCGCACGCCAACAGCGCCGCCGUCAGCGCCGUAGGGCACCACCACCAGGCACCCCUGGGCGGCGGGCACGCGGCGGCCGAGCGCUUCACGGACGAGCAGCUCGUCACCAUGUCCGUGCGCGAGCUGAACCGGCAGCUGCGCGGCGUCAGCAAGGAGGAGGUGAUCCGGCUGAAGCAGAAGCGGCGCACGCUGAAGAACCGCGGCUACGCGCAGUCGUGCCGCUUCAAGCGCGUGCAGCAGCGGCACGUGCUAGAGGGCGAGAAGACGCAGCUGCUGCAGCAGGUGGAGCACCUCAAGCAGGAGAUCGCGCGCCUGCUGCGCGAGCGCGAUGCCUACAAGGAGAAGUACGAGAAGCUGGUGGGCGGCGGCGGCGGGGGCUUCAGGGAGAGCGGCGGCUCGAGCAGCGACAACAACCCCUCCUCCCCCGAGUUUUUCAUGUCUUCCAGAAAGUUCCUGCACCUGUGACUGUGAGCUGUGACCUCACCCUGCCCCGGGCCUUGAAGAACAUCAUGGCAACAGAGCGGUGAGCUGACGGAUGACACAGGGCCUCACACAAAGCACAACGUUUCAAACUACCGGCUGAAGAUGGCAAACGAGAAGUGCAGAGGGUCCUCCCUC